AUGGCACCUAUUGAGAAACUAACACCGCUGGCGCUGGCAGUGCCCAAGGAGGCCGAUUACAAUGAUUCGGUUGAAUCUCCAUACAUGAUUGAAGUUGCCGACGAAGGAACGUCGAAAUUCACCAGAUUCAAGGACUCGUUUAGGCGAAAGGAAGUGGAUGAAUCUCAGAAACAUGAAGUUGGGCGUCAGAUGUCCAAGGCUAUCAGUCUACGUCAUUUAAUUCUUAUGGCCCUUGUUACUGGUAUCGGUACCGGUCUUUUGGUUGGUACUGGGCUGGUGUUGCAUAAAUCCGGACCAUUGUUUCUAGUCAUUGGUUUUGCCAUCGUUGGAUCCUUUUUAUAUCCAACUUUACAAGCAGCAGGUGAGAUGGCGGUUAACUACUCUGACCUUUCCGGUGGGUACAAUAACUACCCUAGAAGGUUUAUAGAUGAAUCGGUCGCGUUUGCCAUCACUUGGAAUUAUUGUAUCCAAUGGUUGUCCGUUAUCUCAAUUGAAUUGGUUACUGCAGCAAUUACUAUCUCGUAUUGGAACACAACUGUUAAUGCUGAUGUUUGGGUUACAAUUUUUUACGUAGUGGUUGUGACUAUUAACUUUAUUGGAGCAUCAGGGUACGGAGAGGCUGAGUUCAUCAUUGGAUCUUGUAAAAUUAUGAUGAUUGUUGGGUUCAUCAUUAUGGGAAUAGUUGUCAAUGUUGGUGGAGGACCCAACCACGAAUUCAUUGGAGGUAGGUAUUGGAGAGAUCCCGGAUACUAUACCAACUUUAAAGGGUUGUGUUCGGUUUUUGUCACUGGAAGUUUUGCGUUUGGACAAACUGAAUUUGUUGCAUUGAGUGCUAGUGAGCAAUCAAACCCAAGGAGAGCUAUUCCAAUCGCCACCAAGUUGGUUGCAUAUCGUAUUGUGAUUGUCAUGCUUGGUAGUUUGACGAUUGUUGGUUUGCUUGUUCCUUACAAUUCGGACAGAUUGAUGGGAUCCAGCGGUGGUGGAUCACAUGCUUCUCCUUAUGUCUUGGCUGCUGCAUUGCAUGGUGUCAAGGCAGUGCCCUCAAUUAUAAAUGCCGUCAUUCUUAUUUCAGUCACUUCCGUUGCAUCUUCGGCGUUGUAUUCGUCUUCUAGAACAUUGCAAUCGUUAUCUGAGCAAGGAUUUGCACCAAAGUGGUUCAACUACAUUGAUAGAACCGGUAGACCAUUGCGUGCUCUUGCAGUCUGUGCAUUCUUUGGAUUGUUCUCAUUUAUUGCAGCAUACAAGAAGCAGGAAACGGUUUUCAACUGGUUGCUUGCAAUUUCUGGAUUGUCCCAAAUCUUUACUUGGAGUGGUAUUUGUAUAUCCCAUGUGCGCUUCAGAGCUGCUUUGAAGUACAAUAAUAUUUCUACCGAUUCAUUGGGAUAUGUAGCUAACACUGGUAUUAUUGGGUCAUACUAUGCCAUAAUUUGGUAUGUUUUGGUUUUGAUUGCUCAAUUUUGGAUUGCAUUGUAUCCUAAAGGUGAAGGUAAACCGAACGUUUCCUCAUUUUUCCAAAACUAUCUUGGUGCUAUUGUGUUGAUCUUCUUUUACGUUUGCCACAAAUUAUGGACUCGCAAUUGGUCGCUUUUUGUUCCUUUGAAAGACAUUGAUAUAAAUUUGGAUAGAACCAUUUUUGAUGAAGAGUUGUUGGCCAUUGAAAAGGAAGAAGAGAGAGAAAAAUGGAAGAAGGCACCAUUUUAUAAGAAGGUUUUGCAAAUAUUAUUCUUUUAA